AUGGUGGAGAUCAAGAGCAUCGGGGUGGUGGGGGGCGGACAAAUGGGCUCCGGCAUCGCCCAACUCGCCGCCGCGAACGGGCUUGAUGUCAUCCUUCACGACUCUGACUCCACAGCUCUCAAUAAUGCGCUUAAAUCAAUCUCUGACAACAUUCAACGUCUCAUUUCCAGAGGCCAUCUGUCCAAGGAUAAAGGUGCUGAUGCUUUCAGGCAUUUAAAGGGUGCUUCGAGUUUGGAGGAUUUUCAUUCAGUAGAUAUUGUAAUUGAGGCCAUUGUGGAGUCUGAGGAUGUGAAGAAGAAACUGUUUGCUCAUUUGGAUAAGAUUGUAAAAGGUUCUGCAAUCUUGGCAUCUAAUACAAGCUCUAUUUCAGUUACUCGGUUAGCCUCCGUAACCAGUCGAUCCAGCCAGGUGAUUGGCAUGCAUUUUAUGAAUCCUCCACCUAUAAUGAAACUGGUUGAGAUUGUUAGGGGUGCAGAUACAUCAGAUGAUACAUUUAAUACCACAAAAUACUUGGCAGAGAGGUUUGGCAAGACAAUUAUUUGUUCUCAGGAUUUUCCCGGCUUCAUUGUGAACCGGAUUCUAAUGCCAAUGAUAAAUGAAGCAUUUCAUGCACUAUACGCGGGAGUAGCAACAAGGGAAGACAUAGAUACAGGCAUGAAGCUGGGGACAAACCAUCCGAUGGGUCCUUUGGAACUUGCAGAUUUUAUUGGAUUGGAUGUUUGUCUGUCAAUUAUUAAAGUUCUUCAUGCUGGCCUUGGGGACAGCAAGUAUGCACCAUGCCCACUUCUUGUGCAGUAUGUUGAUGCUGGUCGUCUCGGUAAAAAACGAGGUUUAAGGCAGAACAUGAAGUUCUUAUUCCAAUGCCCAUGUUGCUCUUGUUUCUGCUUCGUGAAGCCCCAGAAGGGUAAACCAAAGGAGAAACCAGUCGAAGCCAAGCCUGCAAAACCAGUGGAUGCCAAGCCUGCGAAACCAGUGGAUGCCAAGCCUGAGAAACCAGUGGAAGCCAAGGCAGAAGCUAAGGCAGAAAAACCAGUGGAAAGUAAGACAGAGAAACCAGUUGAAGCGAAGGCAGAGUGA